AUGGCCGCGCUUCGCGGAAACAAGGGCGAGCCGGCGCUCGACGUGCGCUGGUCCGCGCCCAUUUCGGAAAACGAGAUGCGCUACGUGGAAGAUUACGUCAAAGCGCGCUACCCGGCGAUUUUCACGGAGUGCAUCGUGGGGCUAGGCUUCCCCAUGCCGUCCGUCUUAGAGGAGCCCGAGGGCGGGUAUCGCGGCGCGAACGGCGGCGGAUACGGCGGGGGAUUGUCCCCCAUGGCGGAGCUUCUCGCGAUGGAUGACGAGGAGGGGGACGCGGAGGGGGACGGGGGAUACGGCGGAAUGGGCGCAGGGGGCGCGGCCUUCGGAAGGAGUAACAGCACCGUUAGCGCGGGGGGGAGCAGCAGCGGAACGGCCUCUCCGCAGUUCCGCGAACACAGCACCAGUCCCACGGCGGCGGGGGGAGGAAACGUGGUUCCGCUGAUGCGCGACUCGCUGCAGCAGCAGAAGCAGCAGAUGGAGCAGCAGAUGCAGCAGCAGAAGCAGCAGGUGGAGCAGCAGCGCAAGAUGAUGCAGCGCAACGGCCCCCCGCCCUCCUUCUCCGCGUCGUCCCCGUCGGAAAACAAGUCGCGGCUCUUCUCGCGCUUCGUCCUGUCGGGAACGGUCACCGCGACGCAGCCGGGGCGCGCGCUGCUGAACCCGAGCAGACUGCGGGACAUUUUGGUUGAGAGCCGAGACGUGCUCGAUCUCUCCAUGAGUGUGAGCGUGACAGAGCUGCAUGCGAGGAGGCGCAUUCUUCAGCAGUGCGGCGUGGAGAGUGAGGAGUACCACAUCGUAUUCACGCCCUCGGUGCAGGAGGCCAUGGUGCUCGUGGCAGAAGCUUACCCCUUCCACCGCCACAACGUGUUUCUGACAGCUUUGGAUCAAACCGACGACAGUAUCAGCAUGUUUGCGACUCAUAAGGACUCCAAGGUGAUCCAGGCGCCCUUAUCAUGGCUCGACCUGCAGAAGCCUGGAAGCCAGCUCAGCACCAACUUCCGGCGCAAGAGCAAAGCCAACCCCAAGGGUCUUUUCGCCUACCCCAUGUGUGCAAACGGCCAAACGUUCUCCCUGCACUGGGUGUCUGAAGCUCAGCGCACCUGCUGGCACGUGCUGCUAGAUUCGUCAGACCUGCCAUCAUCCCCGCCGCCGAUGUUGCCGGUUGCAGGCGAAGCUGACGGUGAGCCGUUGCCGGUGACCGGCAAGUCCAUGAUGGAGUGGAAGGACUCGGUUGUCCGGGCGGCUGCGGCGAUGGGAACGACGCCCGUAAGUGACUCGUUCGACUCGUGUUCCUCCGAUACAAGCUUAUCCGAUACAAGCAUGUCGGAGUCCGCGGCCCUUACCUCUGAGUGGAGCUCUAACUCGUUACUUAGUCUAAGCUCUACUCGCUCUGGAGAAGCGGAGGACUUAAGUAGCACUGAGGGUUCUGGAGCCGCCUCACCUAGUAGUCCGGAUAUGGCGGAUGCGGCGGCGGCGGCGGCGGCGGAUCUACAGAGGGUUCUGCUGUUAGCGGAAAACGCGGGGAAACUGGAGGAACUAGCGGAGAAUGCGGCGAGGAUGGGCCUGGUACCCGAACCCCAAGCGCUCGCGUUAAAGCUGGAGCGAGCAGCGGCUGAUGCGGGGGAAACGGCGGAGACUGCUGACCAGGUUGCUGACGUCAUCGAUACUGCCACCCCUGUUACGCCUGCCGCUCCUUCUGCUCCUGUAGCCAAAGUAUCUCCCGCAGCUGCUGCCGGCCCGCCCGCCGCAUUCGUCGCGAUGCAGCGACGAUCCGCCACGAGUCGCGCCGUGCACAACGCCGCCCGGCGCGACGACGUGGAGGAGCUUCGAGCGCUGCUGGCGGAAAACCCGGAGCUGAUUAACGCGCGGUCGAGCCUGACGUGCCAAACCCCCCUGCACGAGGCGGCGGCGGAGGAUGCGGCAGAGGCGAUUCGUCUGCUCCUGUCGUUCGGCCGAUCGCCGUCAGAUGCGGGGAAUAGCGGCAGGGACGGGCAGACGAGGGAGGACGCAUCAGGCGCGGUUCCCGCGGACGUCGAGGCGCGCAACAUGUUCGGCGAGACGCCUCUGCACAUCGCCGCCAAGAUCGGCAGCGCGAGGAGCGUCAAGGCGUUGCUCGAGUGCGGCGCGGCCGUGAACGCCGCUGCGUCGAACCGCGCCACGCCGCUCCAUCUCGCCGUCUGGGCGGCAGUCAACACUGCUGACGUGGGUGAUGCUCCGGCUGGAUCGGGCCAGCUGAAGAUUCUGGAAGUGGUGGAGCUGCUGCUGCAGCACGGUGCUGACGUGGCAGCGCAGGAUAAGGAUGGCAACUCUCCAUUGAGUCACAUUCAAUCAGGCACCUCUUCCGCUACAAGCACCAGCAACAACAGCAGCAUCCGCGCCUCCCUUCGGCGAAUCCUCGACCGCCACGUGGCACUCCACGCUCCCUCCCCGUCUCCGUCCCACUCCUCCCCCGCCUCCGCAUUCGCCGUCAUGCAAACGCUCGAAAAGGAGUUAUCCUCGUUAAUAGGCCUCCCGCUAUUGAAGCAGCAGCUGCGCGUGUGGGCGAAGGGCUUAGUCUUAGACCAGAGGCGGCGGGAAUUGGGAAUCCGCGUGCAACCGCGCAAACCUCCGCACAUGGCUUUCCUGGGAUCUCCGGGCACGGGGAAAACCACCGUGGCGCGCGCGCUUGCGCGGCUGUUGAAUUUAGUGGGUGUUUUACCCACGGAUAAGGUGGUUGAGGUUCAGAGGACGGAUUUGGUUGGCGAGUUUGUUGGGCACACUGGCCCGAAAACGCGGAGGAAAAUCCUGGAGGCGGCUGGAGGGAUUCUAUUUGUGGACGAGGCGUACCGGUUGGUUCCGCAGCAGCGGUCAGAUGAAAAAGAUUAUGGUGCGGAGGCGUUGGAGGAGAUCAUGUCGGUGAUGGACUCGGGCAGCGUUGUUGUGAUUUUUGCUGGCUAUGCUGAGCCAAUGAAGCGGGUCUUUGCAGUGAACGAGGGGUUUCAGCGGCGUGUGUCACGUGUGUUUGUGUUUGACGAUCUCUCUCCACUCGAUAUUGCCCAAGUCCUUCUGCUGAAAAUGAAGCAGGCGGCUGGGGAAGCUGCUACUAACGGGGAUGAGCGUGAUGUUGACUCAGCUGUUAUCACCCGAUCAACCACAGAGGAGCAGAGAAGGCAGAGGAACGGCGGGAUGGCACUGCCUGUGCUAAUGGACGCUCGAGAUCGACUGGAUGAACGGCUGGAUCUUGACUGCUGCGACAUGGAUGAGCUUGUGACUAUAACAAUGGAAGACAUCGAGACAGCUCUGUCGAUCAUUCCUCAAUAG